UUUGUAGAGCGCCAAGAGAUGCGUCUAUUGGAAAACAUGGCAGACUCGGAAACAGAAAUAACGUUUCGGAAGGAGACUGUAAACAAACUCUUGUCAAGUUUCUUCAAAGAGGAAAAGACAAGAUUGAGUAGUGAUGCGGUGGUGCUUAUGGCAGAGAUGUUAAAAAUAUUUGUCCAAGAGGCUGCUGUGAGAUCACAAAAACAAGCUGAAGCGGAGGACUGCAACCAAGUAGACAUUGAGCACUUUGAAAAAAUUGUGCCACAGUUGCUUUUGGACUUCUAGCAACAAUGAGCCACAAGAUGGAGCCACAGUGCAGUAUACUUGGCCUAUAGUUCUUGUC